AUGGCCAAGGAUACUUUCCCUCCUGAGCCACCUCAUUGGCUGUUGCGUGGUAUCCAGUCCGCCAUAUUCUAUUACGUCUCUUGCGUGCCAUGCCGCGAGUCCAAGCAGAGACGCAAGGCAAUGCAAGAAGUCAAAGCAGCCCAGGCAAGACAAGAAAAAGUCGUCAACACUCAGCCGGGCUUUGUCAGGCAACCCAUGGCAUUCCAGACGAAUGAGGCAUGGGCGGAAGAACUACUGCUUGGUCCCGGACCACCAAAAGGGUACAAAGCCGACCCUUUGCUGGAAAGAUUGCGGAAGGAGCAGAAAGAAGCUGCCAAAGCGGAAGCAAAGGCAGCAAAAGUGCAAGAUGCGGCUACAAAAAAGCUUGGAUCACAGAAGUCUGCCCAACCGGAAGCGUCUACAACUCAGCCACCUGCACCGCCUGUCGAAGCUUCUACGGAACCAUCCACAACCGCCAAAGGGAAAAGGAGAGCCUCACUGCGCUCCACGGAUUCCAAAGGGAACAACUACAGACUCCAUUCCCGAGAGGAUGAGAACCUCAAGAACUUGGGCGAUAGAAUGUUUGGAAGGUUUCAUCGUGCGACUUCCAGCAUUUACUAUGAUGAAGGAUCGCGCUCAUUACACCCACGAGCACAUUCAACCUCGGACGAAAGCGAAGUGAAUGAUUACUUCAGAGGCAGAAAUCCCUCAAUCAAUUCCCUCCACCCUCCGAUUGUUUCUCAAUUGCCUGCCAGAAGAGAGGACGUUGCAUGGAUGCUACUUGGCCCACCCAGUGCAGCCGUGAUGGCCGGUGCUAAGAGGCCUGUCGCGGACCAGAUGCGAUUGCCAAUGUGCGUCGUCGGAAGUUCGAAGCAAUACAUUAUUCCAAAAUCAGAAGUGGCGGAACUGGUCAAUCCGUCCACCAAAGGCAGCGAUGAACGCCAUAGCGACCUGGAGUCCAGCGACAGUUCAGGACAAUACGACAGCGAUAUGGACUUUGAGAACUUUAGCUCGUCCAAAGUCGAUGAGUCGGCCGAACCACCCCUACCCAUCCGGGUGAAGCAUCUUUCGGAACCUGUCGCCAGACCGGUCCCGAUCUAUUCACCGUCGGUGAUCACCCGAAAACCAAUUGAAACCAAGAGACGAGAUUCUUGGCAAUUUCACUACGUUGCCAGCAUUCCAUCCGACCGGUCUAUGGAAAUGUGA